AAAUCAGUUGAUGCGCACGCACACAUACACACUAGCGCGCACACACACAUAUAUACACGCACACUGUCACACACCUUCGACCACAAAGCACAGUCAUUUAUGAUACUUUCAUUUUAGUGAUUUAAAAGUACUUCGUGACAGAUACACAUACACAGAUACACAUACACACACACAUACACCUACGCAACACACUAUCCUAUCAUGCUAUCACUCUCUCUCUCUCUUUUACUCUCUCCUUCAUACACACACACAUACACACACAUAGACACAAUCAGUCAGUCACUCACAACACGAUAUUCGCCGUCAGUCAAAGUUUCUGUCUACGAAAUUAACUCAAAAAGCUUUGGUCAACCCAAGGCUAUAGUAGAAGAGAAUUUCUCAAGGUGCCAUGCAGUAAGACUGAAACUGGAACGAUGUGGUUGGGUUGUGAUACAAUUAUGAAGCUUACAAGACAACUUAUGCAAUUCCGUUGUCCACGGUCCUAUCAAAAGCUUUUACAGCAAUAUUCUUCAUCACGAUGUCAAAUUCCUCUGGGAUCUUCACCAACACAAGGGCUGACCAACUGCUUAGCAACACGUGGUUUAUCUUCAAUGCUAAAUCAAGCAAAUCGGAAACCAUAUUCUCCAAAUGCCCAUCAAAUCUCUGUCUGGUCCAUCUUAGGAUCCCAAAGUAUUUUCCAAACUCCAUCCUUGAAAUGUCACCAUAAUUCAAAAGAAUCGUCACAGAAACAAAAUGGUAAUUUAUCCCUGGAAGAAGUGGCUGUCAGAUUGGCCAAUGAAAACGGGUAUCUCUCUUGGAACCGUAAUGGUUACUUAGCAACUGCAGUAGGUGUAGCAAUGCAAGCCGAGGCGAAAAUGCCGCUAAGUGGAGUGGCUUCUGAAGUUCUGUUUUCUAUUGCUGGAGCAAAUUUAACAAUUGGUUGUGCCAUCUUCAUAUUUAAUGUCUGGAAAUUACAUCCACAGAUUGGUCUGUCACAGACGGGAGUCUAUUGUUCUAUAUUGUUAUCCGUAAUACAUGUUAUUCUGUGGUUUUUUGCAUUUCUUACAUUCAAGGGUUACAUCACUAAUUAAUAGGCCUAUUUGAUGGCAUUCCAUUUUAACUGAUUAUAUUAUCAAAAUUAAUACUCAUUUAACUACUAUUAACAACAACAACAACCACUACUAAUAAUAAUAAUAAUAAUAAACAUCAUGAUAAUAACAGUCCUUUCUACUAUAAGCACAAGGGCCUGAAUUUUUGGGAGAGGAUUCUAGUUGAUUACAUCAACCCCCAAUACUCAGCUGGUACUUAUUUUAUCGACCCCAAAAGGAUGAAAACAAAGUCAGCCACAGCGGCAUUUUAAAUAUAAAUAUUAAGAUAGGCGCAGGAGUGGCUGUGUGGUAAGUAGCUUGCUUACCAACCACAUGGUUCCGGGUUCAGUCCCACUGCAUGGCACCUUGGGCAAAUGUCUUCUAGUAUAGCCUCGGGCCGACCAAAGCCUUGUGAGUGGAUUUGGUAGAAGGAAAUUGAGAGUAGCCCAU